ACAUCCAAUAGUUCAUCCGCUCAAAGUGAUGCCGCUCCCCAUGUCUGGUUGCCACACGAUGAUCACAUCCUGCAGACUUCAGUGCUUCCAUCGGCCUUCCACGUCCUCCUAAGCAAGUUUGGCUGGAGGGCCACAAUGGAUCGCUUCAAGUUCCUGAAUCCCCCACCUCCCUCGGCACAUGCCUCGUUUGAGGACCUAUCCUUACUGGCCUAG